CAGCGCAUAUUUCCCGUGUCACCCUCUGCGCCGUGCCAUCUUAAGAAUCGUAAGCAUGUGUACUGCAUGAACUGCCUUCCAUUGGCUCUUCCCCCUCUCUUGCUCUCCUGCCAGUUGAAGAGAGUAGCACAGUAGUGGCGAUGAAGGAUUGGGCGCCGGCGAUCAUCGCGUCGGCUCUGUUCGCUCUCCUGUGCCCGGGCGGCGUCCUGCAGAUGCCCGGCCGGCAGCGGCCGGUCGACGUCUUGAACAUGAAGACCAGCUUGGCGUCCAUGCUCGUCCAUGCCGUCAUCUAUGGCCUGCUGCUCAUACUCUUUCUCGUAAUCUUGCAGCCUCAUCUUUACAUCUGAUGAGAGGUCUUGUUUUGUGUUCAGUUUCGUCUCUAUUUUUCUUGCACUCUAGUUGCCGGGCUUAGUUUUGCUUUGUAACUAAAAAGUUCAGAGGAUCCAUCCCUCGAGCCUGUAUGUGCUCUGUACCUUCCGAUGAGAAAUAAAGGAACUAGUAGAGUAGUAGUACAAGCCUACAAGGCAACGUCAGAAGUUCUCAGAAUCCUUGUU